AUGCCUUCCAAGUCCAACCAGCCCAACCAGGAUGUCCUCCGUGUAUGUAUCAUCAUCAUCAUCAUCGUCGCAUCUUCCAUUCUUGCAUCGACCUUCGAGGCCGCGGCCAACCUGUUGGGACACCAGGCCGAGGCGGGCCCGUCGCUCGUUGUCGAGAUUCCUGAGCAGGUUGACGUCGGCGCGGAUUCUACGGAGAUGAACGUCAGCGAGGAGUCUUUGCAGGAGGAUGUCAGCGAGGAGUCUAAGCAGGAGGAUGUCAGCGAGGAGUCCGAGCAGGAGGAUGUUAGCGAGGAGUCUGAGCAGGAGGGUGUCAGCGAGGAGUCUGAGCAGGAGGGUGUCAGCGAGGAGUCUGAACAGGAAGACGCCGACGGGACCAUUGUCGCCGAGAAGCUCGUUAUUCCGCAGAAGACCUUCGCCAUCCCUACUACCAAGGUCCACAGCAAGCCUGCCAUCCCCGCCACCAAGGUCCACAGCAAGCCUGCCAUCCCCGCCAUCAAGGUCCACAGCAAGCUCACCACCCCCGUCAUCCCCUCCGACCUCUUCGCCACCGUCGUCGCCGACCCAGUCUUCAUGAACUGGUGCAUGGACCCUACCACCACCGCCCUUACCCCGGACCGGGCCCGCGACUUCCCCCACGUCGCUAACCACCCCUUGCAGUCGGAGUUGAAGGCCAAACACCAUAACGAGAUGGCCGCCGUCGACAAGACUUCCACGAAGAAGAAGACGCACAAGCCCAUCGUCGUUGCCGUCGGAAAGAAGAACAAGGUCCGCUUCUUCUCCCUGUCUCCUUCUCGCUCCGUGGACCGCGGCCGGACUUCGAAGCGCGUGUAG